AUGGACAGACCCUUCACCCACCAGUCCAUCAGAUGGACUGACCCUUCAUCCACCAGUCCAUCAGAUGGACAGACCCUCCAACCACCAGUCCAUCACAUGGACAGACUCUCCAACACAUGGACAGACCCUCCAUCCACCAGUCCAUCAGAUGGACAGACCCUCCAUCCACCAGUCCAUCACAUAGAUAGACCCUUCAUCGACCAGUCCAUCACAUGGACAGACCCUUCAUCGACCAGUCCAUCACAUGGACAGACCCCCCAUCACAUGGACAGACCCUCCAUCCACCAGUCCGUCACAUGGACAGACCCUCCAUCAACCAGUCCAUCACAUGGACAGACCCUCCAUCACAUGGACAGACCCUCCAACACAUGGACAGAUCCUCCAUCCACCAGUCCAUCAGAUGGACAGACCCUCCAUCCACCAGUUCAUCACAUGGACAGACCCUUCAUCGACCAGUCCAUCACAUGGGCAGACCCUCCAUCCACCAGUCCAUCACAUGGACAGACCCUCCAACACAUGGACAGACCCUCCAUCCACCAGUCCAUCAGAUAG